AUGCCACUGUCUCUUACGGCAGCUCUCACCGUCGCUGUGCUCACGUAUUUUGCUUCGAGAGAACAUUGGCCUGAUCUGGUCGACCAUGUAUCAUUGCAUGUGCUCGCGCGAGCCCAGCAUGCGUAUUUAUUUCCAUCGUCUGAGCAGCACCCAGGUAAGCGAGUCUUGUCCGAUGCAGCGCUGAUUCGCUGGUGGCACACUUGCCUGAGCGAAGUGGUGCUGUUCGCACGGCAUCAGCUAGCCACUCGUGUCGAUCCAUUCUAUGUCAUUCCUGGCUACGAGCGCCUCGAUUCUCAUGCCAUUGUGCCGCUAGCGCGGCCUGAACAGGUGCAUAUCUCGGCACGUGCACACUGGCACUAUGGAUACCCGUAUUCAGCGCGCGGGGCAGGCGUCGCUAACGUCGAGCAAGUGCCGCCUCUACCGCUGCACGCUUGUACAUGGGAGCAUCGGUACAAGCCCCCUCGUGAUCGUCCCGCUGCGUUAGCGGCACGUGUGAUUCCCACUCUCAUACCUGUCUUUCCCGACGAUCCAAAGGGCCGCUUUCUCCACGAGCAGGCGUCGACCGCGCACGCACCGGGUGUUUCAUGUCCUCAAGCUAUCAUGCAGUGCAAACCAGCGCCGACGCCUGCACAGCGGGAUGCGAUGCACGAAAGAUAUGUGCUUGAGCGACUCAGUGUCGACGGCUUCUGGCAGCGCAUGGGAUAUCGGCAGGAAUGUUGUUCAGGCAACGCGGUGGGGAUCUUUGUCGUCGGCAUCACCACAACGUGUCGGGAUCAUCAUCUCCAGCUCACUCAUCCGUGCACACCGCCGACAGACGUCGUGGCGCCUCCAGCGCAGGCGUGCGCGCUUCCUCACCCCAUGCUAGAUGAUAUCGUGCUCAAGUACAUGAUGCAGGACACAUGUACAUGGAACGUGCCUGCAGAUGCAGCUCACUGCACGCGGCGUCUCUAUGACGCGGUCGAUCGCGCGCUACGCCGGAAAGGAUGUCAAUCGAUGCCAUGCGUGGAGAUUCCACUGCACACUGUGCCUGAAGACGUCAAGGCGCGCGCACACGAUGCCUGUUCCGGUCAUGAGGCGAAUGCCUCCGCCACUCGGCAGCGAGACUCAUCGCCGCCCGUGCGAGUGCUAUCAGUAAAAAAGAAGCGCCCAAGACGAGAGUAG